CGGCAGUUCUCAUAACGAGCGGGGUCUACGGUGCUGCCACCUGCGGGCACGCUCACACAAAUUCCGCGCUCGCCGGCUCACUCGAAGCUGCUCGUGUAGUUCGUUUUCGUGUCAGUUCCGUCAAAACCAAACUCACCCGUAAAACAUGGCUGAUGACAACUCACCCGCUGUUGAGGAGAAGAAGAAGGGCAGGGGCCGCCCUGGCAAGAAGGACGUUGAGGAGAAGAAGGAAUCUCCUGCUGCAAAGAAGCGUGGACGCGCCCCGGCUGAGAAGUCCGAGGAGAAGAGCAGCGGCGCCUCCCCUGCCAAGCGUGGCCGUGGAAGGCCGAAGGGCUCUGGCAAGAAGUCCGCCGCCAAGGCUAAGGCAAAGAAGGCAGCCAGCGGAGGUUCCGGACGCGGCCGUGGCAGACCCCGCAAGUCUGACAAGGAGGAGAAGGAGACCGAAAGCGUAGAGGAGGAUGAGGAAGAGGAUGCUGAAUAAACUGCAAAUCGCGCGCGCUGAGGAUGGUGACGAAUGCCUCCUUGCUUCAGAACUACCACAAUAUUCAUAACUACCGUUUGUGUGUCACACCAGCCAAAAUCUUUCAUAAUACGGUCAUAAUCACAAGCCCACUUUAAUUCGUACGUACAGCGUUAGACGUAUCGAUGCCCACUUAAGGUGCAUUUUAUUUUUUAUUUGGUCGCAAAAAUUUGUACUUUGUGCAAACGGUCGUUUUUUGCCGCAAGAUUUUUAACGAUAGCGUUUUUACUUUAAGUUUGUGUGGACUAAAUAAUUAUAUAUUAUUGUACGAUGUAACGAUAAAACUGGAAGAACAAACAAAAACUUAUAUAGAUACCAAAAAAUAUGAAAUGUUUUGACGUGAAAUCCUCGCGCCAUCCUAUCUUUUGAUUUCCCUGACGGCAAUAUAUACAUCAUUGUGUCUAUCAACAAACCAACCAACACAUGUGCAAGUACAAAUUCAUUGACGGAACUCACUGGUUCGCAUUAUUUUUCAUUUUUGCAAGUAUUACUGCGCCUGAAUGAAUCUCAGAACACUUCUUAAAAUUAUCGUAUUACAAUAGUAGAGAUGUGUUUCGUAAAUUUUAAUUUUUAAGUUUUCGGACGGCUGUGCGUCGCACCCACGGUCCCGGAUUGUAUUUUACCAAGAGCGACUCUUCCGAGCUCGACCGAGCGUGUGGCUCGCGACCGUUGACUAUUUUUUUAUGGUUUGACUUAACUACUACUCACAACAUGGUAGCCAUAUUAAAUUAUAAGAGAGUCGAUUGCGAAAUGUGUAAUUCAGGUCCAGAAUAAACAAACUUAACGUACAC